AUGGCAGCUGCUACCAGAGGAAGAGGAAGAGGAAGAGGUAAAAGAAGCUCGAGGUCUACCGGAAAACAACCUUCUUAUAAUAUUGGUUCAGAGGAUGUAGACGUGCAAUACGACGACAAGGAUGAUGAAUACGCAGGUUCAGCCAAUGACGACGAGUACGAUGAUGACCAGGAUGGUGACAAUGAUUUCGAAGGUACUUCCACUAGAGGAAGGCGUAAGGCCCACUCAUCAACGCCAGUUCCAGUAGCACUACCUACUAGAGGCAGGCCAAGCAAAAGAAAGAGCGGAGACGAUUUGAAAGACCCCAAGAGACAGAAACUCCCAUACCCAGUGGAUGAAAAUGGCUCGCCAUACCCAAUUGUAAACGACGAAUAUGCGUUACCAGAAGACGAAGAAGGUGAGACGAAGAUAACUAAGAAUGGUGAUCUUCUAGGCGGUCGACAAUUCGUGGUCAGGACGUUUACCGUUGCAUCUCGAGGCGAAACCAAAUACAUGCUUUCGACGGAGGCAGCUCGAGCAGUGGGGUUCAGGGACUCGUACUUGUUCUUUCAAUACCACUCAAACCUCUACAAGCUAAUCAUAUCCCAAACAGAGCGCGACGAUUUGAUCAAGCAGGGCGUAUUGCCCGGCUCGAGCAGAAACCGGAUCAUUGCAUUGGUAACUGCGAGAAGCGUGUUCCGGGAGUUCGGAGCCAAGAUCAUUGUAGAUGGGAAAAACAUCACUGACGACUACUACGCAACAAAACUACGUGCCUCAGGAACAGUGAAAGAAGGCACUCCUGCCAGAGAAACGUCCCACUCCAACGUGAACCAACACGCUGGUAGAACCAACAACGUACACGGAAUUGAUAUCCCACACCAACUUUCGGUAAAUCCUUCCAGAAACGCCGUGGAGUUCUUCGACAAGAGAAACCACAACAUUCCUUCCACAAGCAACAUCUCCUCCACCAACUGGUUGUACCACCAUGCUGCUGCAUGCAGCAGAUUCAACAGCGACCUGUUUUAUGACAGAGAACGUAUUCUUCUUAUCGAAAAUUUGGGCAUAAGAGACACAUACACAAACGUGCUACACAUACCGCAAUCUACACAGCCUACAAAGGUAAUCUCAAUGCGCAAAGUGAAAGGCAAUACAAACCAGGUGAUGUAUGAAACAAGAAUCAAGUCGCUAGACUUGGCAAGACCGCACACUGGUCUCUCGGACGUGCCUGCUGCAAUGUACGAAGAUAUUUUAGACAAAGAUAUAAUAGCUGCCAUCGAGGAGCAGAAAAACUUCGAGAUGGGGCUCUAG